AUGGCCACGCAGCAAUCACCACGCAAGCUCUUCAUUCAGAUGUCUGGCGCGCCGGGCUCCGAGAAGAGCACGGUAGCCAGGCUCCUCGGACGCGCCAUCACCGCCGUGGUCAUCGACCACGACGUGCUCCGGUCCGCCUUUCUCAAAGCCAGGCUCCCGUUUGACCAGGCGGCAAAGGGGGCCUACGAUCUGCAGUGGGCGCUCGCCCAGGACGUCAUGAAGCAGAGCCUCAGCGUCAUCAUCGACAGCACCUGCAAUUUCCAGGAGGUCCUCGAUCAAGGAGCCGCCUGCGUCAGCCAGCACAACUACACCUACUGGUACAUCGAGUGCAGGGUCGAUGACAUAGAUUUACUGGACAAACGCCUACGCGCUCGAGAUCCCAUGAUGAGCCAGCGUACCGGCGUUAAUCGACCACCCCCUGCCGCGGCCGCCGCGGGAGCAGCUGGAGCACAGCUCGAUGCUCGGGGUGCGGGCGGAGACGAAGAUGGCCGGGCUCUCUUCCGUCGCUGGAUUCAGCAUCCUUGCCGCCCACAAGACAAUGUUAUAAUUGUGGACUCUACAGCAGACCUCGAAGUGCUCUGCCACCAGAUUCUAGAGCAGAUUGCUGGUUGA